AUAACAUCUUGAAACAUUAUCUUGAGUAUUUACUUCCAACUGAAAUCUUAAACAUUUCUCAAUUGGUAAUUCGAAUCUUCACGAUAAUUAUAAUUAUUAUUAUUUGUACAAUUGUAAUCAGAUUCUGAAAGUAUAGAAAGUAUAAAAUAAAAGGUAGCAAGUGUUGGAAAAUUUAGUUUGCAAGUCAUCUUUAGACAAAUCGCUUUACCAUAGUUUUUUGUUUCUCCUUCAUUCAUCAUUCCGCUAUUACAAUGAGAUCUUUAAUUAUCAUUUGUGCUAUUCUGUUCACUGUUCAAAAUGUUUCAACUUAUCCCAAAGGUUUAACUGUGUCAAAUCCGGCGCCAGUUGUAGCUCCAGCUGUAAGCAAUGCAACCAAGUUGAAUCUUUCAGUAACACCACCGCCACCAUCUCAACCUAAGCUCCGUUCUUCAGCUUCUAGCUCCUCUGUUUCAACAAACGCAGCCAGUUCUGAUACUACCUCAUGUACUUAUCGCCGACAAAUGGAAACAAAUUCAAACACCCGACUUCCUGGACGAUUGAUCCCUGAAUGUCGACCUGAUGGAAAGUUUGCUUCUCUUCAGUGUCACGGUGAAGCUGUUGGUGGUGGUCGAUUCUGUCAAUGUUGGGACCCUGAAGGUAACAUUAUUCGAGCUCCUUCCAAGAAAAUCAAAGCCUGUGAUUGUAUUCUUCAACGACACCAAAUCACCAGCGAAAAACCUAAACGAGUCGGUCAUUUUACCCCUCAAUGCGAGGAAAAUGGUCACUUUAAGAAAUACCAAUGUCAUGCAUCAACUGGACACUGUUGGUGUGUACAUCCUACCAAUGGAACCCAAAUUGGUGAGAAAUCUCGAACACUUACUGCUGAAGGUUGCGUCUGAUUGAAUCGAUUAUCUGAAGUACCACUCUAAAUCAAUUACAACUGCCAGCACUAAAUGUUUUAUUGCCCCAAGUAUUAGUGUGCCACCGCUUAUUGGCCAGUGAGUGAAACUUAGGUUCAAUUUUUCAAAUAAACAUAGCUUUCACUAUUGGCUUCCAAGGCCAGUUGCUAUUGAUUCUGAUGCACUCUAAUAUUGAUACACUUUCUGUAAAUUAUGCUUAAUCAUUUCAAUAAAACAGAAAAUUGCAUUUAAAUAAAAAAACUGA